UGCCUCGGUGACCACAGCAGCCUCCAGCGAUGCAGCGGAGCCGACAGCAUAGCUGCUCCAUGUGCCAGGGAAACUUCUGCUAACUCAGCGGGUUGCGGGACGGAGAGGGGAAAUGCUGCCCGGAAUGGAUAAGCGACUUCUCUGUUAAAUUCACCAGGCUUGCCACAGACGAUAAAACUAUAAAAGCCAAGGCAAUUGUGAGAGCCUCUCCAGUAACGUCUGCUUUCUUCUCCUCGCAGAGACCGACAUGUCUCCUUUUCUCCGUAUUGGAUUGUCCAACUACGACAGCGGUCCCUACCUGCCUUCCCAGGGAGAUGUGAUCGAUCCCUAUUGUGCAGUGAUAGUCAAGGAAGCAGUGGAGUCAGAGAACGGCCAAUCCUACAUCCAGAAGAAGCCCACCAUGUACCCACCUUGGAACAGCACUUUUGAUGCUCACAUCCACAGGGGCCGCGUAAUGCACAUCGUGGUGAAGGACAAGAGCGCGGAGAUGGUCGCAGAAACGACGGUGGAACUCAAUUUGGUUGCAGACAAGUGCAAAAGGAAGAACGGGAAAUCAGAAAUUUGGCUAGAACUGAAGCCACAAGGCAGAAUGUUAAUGAAUGCAAGAUACUUCCUGGAAACUACUGAUGAUCCGGAGUUUAUUGACUGUGAAAAAGAAGGGUUUUUCUCUCUGCACCAACGCAGAGGAGCCAUCAAGCAAGCCAAGAUCCACAAUGUCAAGUGUCACGAGUUCACGGCUACUUUCUUCCCCCAGCCCACAUUCUGUUCCGUUUGCCACGAGUUCGUCUGGGGUCUUAACAAGCAAGGUUACCAGUGCAGACAAUGCAAUGCUGCCAUUCACAAGAAGUGCAUUGACAAAGUAAUAGCAAAGUGUACGGGAUCAGCCAUCAACAGCAGAGAAACUAUGUUCCACAAAGAGAGGUUUAAGAUUGACAUGCCCCACCGAUUUAAGGUCUACAAUUACAAAAGCCCAACGUUUUGCGAUCACUGUGGCACUCUGCUCUGGGGUCUGGCGCGGCAGGGUUUGAAAUGUGAUGCCUGUGCCAUGAACGUCCACCACAAGUGCCAAGCCAAAGUGGCAAACCUUUGCGGCAUCAACCAGAAGCUCAUGGCAGAAGCACUGCAACUGAUUGAGAGCCGGCAACAGGCUAGAAGCUUGCGGGAGUCAGAGAAGAUCUUGAGAGAAGGACCUGUGGAAAUAGUCUUCCCUGACGAAGACCCGACGCCCGCUCCUCCUCCCGUGCCAGCACCUCCAGCAGGGAAAAAAGAGCCUCAGGGAGUUUCCUGGGAAACCCCCGCAGAAGACGUCAUGUGUCCUGAUUCUCCGGUGGAACUGGAACCAAGGAAAGACCUCCCUGCUGAGCUGCCGAAGUUUACCAUAGAUGAUUUUGUUUUGCACAAGAUGUUGGGGAAAGGAAGCUUUGGCAAGGUCUUCCUUGCUGAGCUGAAGGACACGAACCAGUUUUUUGCCAUGAAAGCUUUGAAGAAGGAGGUAGUGCUGAUGGAUGAUGACGUUGAAUGUACCAUGGUGGAAAGGCGGGUCCUCUCUCUGGCUUGGGGACACCCAUUCCUCACUCAUGUCUUCUGUACAUUCCAGACAAAGGAAAACCUCUUUUUUGUAAUGGAAUAUCUCAACGGGGGUGACCUGAUGUUUCACAUCCAGAUCUGCCACAAGUUUGACAUUGGCAGAGCGAGGUUUUAUGCUGCUGAAAUCAUUUGCGGUUUGCAGUUCCUUCAUUCUCAAGGAAUCAUAUACAGAGACCUGAAGCUUGACAACGUUCUCCUAGACAAGGAAGGGCACAUCAAGAUUGCCGAUUUUGGGAUGUGCAAAGAGCACAUGGGAGGGGACGCCAAGACAAGCACAUUCUGUGGAACCCCCGAUUAUAUUGCACCGGAGAUUCUGCUGGGGCAGAAAUACAACACAUCCGUUGACUGGUGGUCCUUUGGGGUCCUUCUCUACGAGAUGCUGAUUGGUCAGUCUCCCUUCCAUGGUCAGGACGAAGAGGAACUCUUCCACUCUAUCCGCAUGGACAGCCCGUUCUACCCUCGUUGGCUUGACAAGGACGCAAGAGACCUUCUUGUGAAGCUUUUUGUACGAGAACCGGAAAGGAGAUUGGGAGCCAAAGGGAACAUCCGCCAACAUCCCUUUUUCCAAGAAAUCAACUGGGAAGCCAUUGAAGCAAGAGCAGUCGAACCCCCUUUCAAGCCUAGAGUGAAAUCCCCUGGCGACUGCAGCAACUUCGACAAAGAAUUUCUGAACGAGAAACCGCGGCUGUCGUGCGGAGACCGGAGCCUCAUCAACAGCAUGGACCAAAAUAUGUUCCGAAGUUUUUCCUUUACCAGUCCCAUCAUGGGAAAGUUGCUGUCCUGAGAGACAAAUGCCCUGGGAUCAAGAUGGCUUCAAGAACAGGAACAACAACAACAACCAUAGCCUCCAGACUCUCAACUGGCCAACGUCAUGCUUCUCAUCGGACGACGGAGGUGGUGGCCUGCAUCCAAAGGUGCCCUUCUCCCAGUGGAAAGUCUCUUCUGCUAACAGAAGGGCUGCUUCCGACCUGGCAGAAGAGGGUUGCACGAGAGAGGUGACCCCAAAUUCCAGGGAAGUUCUUUCGUUUGAAGAAGCUCUCGCACAGGGCUGGAGGGCAGCUUCAUUGGGCAGCACCUGAAAGCAUUCAACCAUCUUAGCCAGUGUAGGGGAGCCUGCAUGGCCCACAUCACUGUAUCCUCCAGCCUCUGCUGUCAGUUACUGCCUGCCACCUGAGGCAGCCGCCUCACUCUGUCCGAUAGGAGCGCCAGCCCUGCUGGGAGACGGUGAUUUCCUACCAAGCAAAUGGGCAGUGGCAACAGUUGCAAGGAGGGUGGGGAUAGCCUGCGAGGAGAGGAAGGCCCACUGAGAACAUCUUCCCCAAAGUCUCCUGGAACUGGCACCACACAAGCUCUUUUCAAGACCACUAGAGUUCUUACCAUGCCACAGCUGGCUAUCUUCCCCGUUCACCGUGUUUCAUGCCCGGCAAUUCAGCCCCUGACACACUGCACUGUGGUUUGACAGAACGGCACUAAUACAUUCUCGCCUCCUGCUCGCGGUUGUUUGGAUCUGAGAAACUGUGGUUUGCUGAAUGGUGUGGAUGUCCCAGGAGGAACACUUAAGAAGGGGAUAUCUGUGAUAACUUAAGGGCCUUUUACUCAGUUCCAUCGUUCUGCCCUGCGGUAGAGAACCUCUGGUCUUCAGACCUUAUAAGGCCCAACAGAGAUUCUAACUGGCCUGUGAGGAUGUUUUCUUCAUAC